AGGAGAGCAGCUGAGCUGCCCCGGAAGCUCUAUUCUUUCCUGUGGCUAACUUGACAGUGUUUGAACAAGAUGGCGUCGAGCAGAAACGUCUGUUAGCAGAGUGUCUUUGUUGUGUUUUUAAAGUGUGAAGAUGUGUAAAGUCCAAAUGCUGAGAGCGUUGGUGAAGCAGCGACUAACUGCGGCUGCUGAAGAGAUAUUUGGGCUGUUUGAAAGAACGAUAGCAGAGUACGAGGAGCAACUUUGUCGCUCAAAAGAGGAGAACGAGCGACAACGGAAACUACUGGACGCUGUUUACAACCCUCAGCUCAGGUUACACAGAGCAGUCCAGCAGCUGAUGAUGGUUAAAGAAGAGGUUCCCCCUGAGCAGCAGGAGUGGAGCUCCAGUGUGGACCAGGAGGACCCAGAGCCCCCACAUGUUAAAGAGGAAGAGGAGGAACUGUGGAGCAGUCAGGAGGGAGAGCAGCUUCAAGGGCUGGAGGAGGCUGAUAUCACCAAGUUCACAUUCACUCCUGUCCCUGUGAAGAGUGAAGAUGAUGAAGAGGAACCUCAGUCCUCACAGCUUCAUCAAACACAAGCUGAUGGAGAGGACUGGAGGAGCAGAGACCAUUCUGAAGCUGAGACUGAUGACAGCAACGACUGGAGGGAGACCAGAGAACCUCAGUCAGGUGUUGAUGAAGUACCUGUCGGCGAUAUGGAAUGUAAUAAUGAAAUAGCUUCAGUUAGCUUAUCUGAAUGUGCAAGAAGUUUCGACCACGAAGGAGCUCUGCAGGACGACCCUGGAGUCCACAUGGGGGAGAAACCCUUCAGUGGCUCAGAUUGUGGUCAAUCAUUCACUUGGAAGGACCAUUUGACUCAACACUUGGUUGUCCACACGGGGGAGAAACCAUAUAGUUGUUCUUUUUGUAGCAAAACAUUCACACUAAGGAAAGACUUGAAGCGACACUUGGUUGUCCACACGGGGGAGAAACCAUUUCAUUGUUCAGUUUGUAGUAAAACAUUUUCACAAAAGCAAAGUUUGGAUCGACACUCGCGUCUCCACACGGGGGAGAGACCAUUUAGUUGUCCAUACUGUGAGAAAACAUUCACUCAAACGAGCCAUUUGAGACGACACUUGGCUGUCCACACGGGGGAGAAACCAUUUAGUUGUCCAGUUUGCAAUAAAACAUUUUCAGUAAAGGAAGAUUUAAGGCGACACUCAGUCGUCCACACGGGGGAGAGACCGUUUCAGUGCUUGGAUUGCGGCAAAACAUUCACACAAAGGGCCAAUUUAAGAAAACACUUGGUCGUCCACACGGGGGAGAGACCGUUUAGCUGCUCAGUUUGUGGGAAAAAGUUCGCACAAGAUUUCCAUUUGAGGCGACACGCGGUCGUCCAUGCAGAGGAGAAACCGUUUACUUGUAGCGUUUGUAAUAAAAGUUUCACCCGGCUCUAUUCGAUGAACAAACACGAGUGUGUUGGUGUGGCAGAAAUAAGCGAAGUUUCAGAGACGAUUGGUGGGCCGGUUUUUCACGGCAGUAUUGAAGUACAGAGGGAGACACUUGGCUCAACACUGAUCGACUGAAAACUGUCAGAAAGACUCCAAAAUAACUAUUUUCAGCCAAGAUGAAGGUACACAGACAUUUAGAUUCUCUUUGACGUGGUAUUUAUUCAUUUUUCUGGGGCACUGUGCUGUUAGAUAUUCAUUCAUUCAUUUUCUGAAACCGCUUAUCCUGUUAGAGUUCGUGGUAGGGCUGGGCUGGCUCCUGGUGUUUUCUGGCUGAACGGUGAUACACGAUAUAUAUCUCCAUAUUUUCAGCUGUAAACUGAUCCACAGCUAAAGUCCCUGUUGUUUCUGCUGCAUGUGUUUUUCCACAGCAGGGCAGGUAAAAGAAGUUUACCUGUUGGAGGUGAGCUGUUUGCAGAGGUGCAGUAAGAGCCUGUUGGCUGCAGCUCUUCAUCAUCAUCAUCAUCAUCAUCAUGAUCUCACUGUGGCUGUUUCUGCUUUCACUUUCCUCCCUGCUGUGUUAUUACACUUGUCUUAAAGGGAUAGUGCACCCAAAAAUGAAAAUUCAGCCAUUAUCUACUCACCCAUAUGCCGAGGGAGGCUCAGGUGAAGUUUUAGAGUCCUCACAUCACUUGCAGAGAUCCAAGGGGAGAGGAGGUAGCAACACAACUCCACCUAAUGGAGGCUGAUGGCGCCCCAGAUUCAAACGUCCAAAAACACAUCAUUGAAACCACAAAAGAUCUCCAUACUGCUGGUCCGUAGUGAUCCAAGUGUAAAUGAGGUUUUUCCAAACAGCUUUUUAUGUCGGGGCUUCAGGACACUUGGAUCACUACGGACGAGCAGUAUGGAGAUAUUUUGUGGUUUCAAUUAUGUGUUUUUGGACGUUUGAAUCUGGGGUAUUUUUGGGUGCACUAUCCCUUUAAUUGAAGGCUAAUGAAGUUUCACUAAUUUGGUGAUAAACAAAUUUCAUUUCCUGGAGAGUCUUAAAAAUAAAAGUCCCCCGUUAGUUUGUUAUGUAAAAACUUUUAUUGUGAAGCAGCAAAAUAAGGAAAUGUUGAGUUUUCGAGCAGUAACUUCUCACAACAUCUAACACAGCUGAUAGUGAACACGAAACAGUCAAAUAAAUCAGAUAUGUAAAGUACAAACAGGACGCAGGCGAGAAACUAAACUCCAAACCUCAGAGAUUCAGUCAGAAGCUACAGACGUACUGAGAGCUGAACACACAGAGACUUUUAAAGACGCCUGUCUCUCUGGUCUCCUGCAGACAGAGGGGAGGAGAGGCUCAACACACACGGCUUGUUUGAGAGACAGAAACGAGCCGAUCGGGUGUUGGCUGCAGCCGGUGAGAUGCCACCGCGACCUGCUUGAGUGUGGGCGGCCCAGCGUUUGGACCUUCUCCGGCAAAGGAGUAGGUGCACAGCUCGGCGUGGCACUGUGCAUCUAAACUGAUACUGAAAGACAAAUCUGUGCAGCAUGGCUUGACUGGGCGUGGCUAAAAGUUCCAGAGGAAAAGGCCCACGGUUUGUACGUGUGCUACUGCGGUAACUUCAUCCAUCUCACAGACUGAUGCAGCGCAGCUCUGCAACAUCCAGACGGGAGGGAUGAACACUGGUGUGUGUUAUGUGAUGCGACUUGAUCCUAUAGCGAUGUAAACGUUGGUGUCUAAGUCUAUAUCUUGCUUUAAGAUAUAUUGGAAUAUUGUUAAAAAAAAAAACAGU